AAUUUUGUGCGUUUAAAUUGAGCUCGAAUGUGACUACCCAACGCCUGCCUGUGAUUAUACACUGUCGUCGUAAAGAACAGGAAGAAGAAAUAUAGCAAAUAAGGGCCGUACUUGGGAUGGAAAGCUUUGGGCAGACGGAAUUGAUGGAUCAAUGAUUUCCCUUGGUAGAAAAGUAACAGAAAUCCAUUUCAAAUGUGUUAGAAGCAAUAACUGCAUGUUAAACAAAAGCCACUAUAAGCAUGGACUCCCAAUCGAACGAACCAAUCCGUACUCGGUCACGGUCAAAAACACCGGGGCUUAGUCUGCGCGUAAGUGCGGAUAAAGAUGUUAACGGAGAUACCGUUGGUAGAUCCGACAAGAAAUCGAAAAAAGCCCCCAACGUUACCACCAUUGAGGAGGAACUGAACUCUACGAAAAAAUCCCUAGCAGCUGAUGGCGGCGCCGGAGCACGAUCAAUCCGUCAGACGCGCACCGUCACCUCGGAUUACUCUUCAGAUGGUGUUUCACCGGAUAAGGGAACUUUCAAACAAUCGUCCAAAUCAAUCACCAUCACCAUGUCAAACUCCGCGACAUCCAGUUCUUUGAUGAAAACCACCCAACAGCUGUCGUCGUCAGCUCCAGACAAGAAAGAAGUCCGUCAGAACGAAAUCAAUCGAGUGCUGGAAAAUACCCAGGCGGCCAUCCUUCGAACCAGCACUCCGAAAGCGGCUUCCAAAGGGCAGAAAACGGUUACCCUAACGCCGGAGGAACUGAAACAGCAUGCCGCCUACAAAGAGUACAAAGAAGCCGGCGAGUAUUGGAAUAAGUUUCCGAAAACCGAUUACACCUACUCGGAACUGUCUCCACACCGGAGAGAAAUCGUGCCGGGGGUUGUUGCCAUGCCGAAUAUGUCCCGUCCUGGUUUAAGUAAGCACACCGAACGGAUCAACGUUAUGAUCCAGCGGAAUCCCACGCAGGAAACGUACAUACGGCAACGGUACGCUUCGUCGAACUACUCGAGUGCGGGCAUUUCCGGAGGUAAUUUCGCUCACGUCGACCCGUACGAUUCCGGAGACGAGCAGUUGGAUUUUUCGCGAGUUUCCAAGUCAAAUAGCCACCGCAAUAGCUACUGGAAAUCGUCGGCUACCUCGUCGCAAGUGCAGUUGGAGCACAGAUCGAUCAUAAAUCGAUUUUUCCUCGCUAUGGUGAAUCUUUUCUACAGCAGUGCCCAUGCGAUUUCCAGGACGUUCAAUCGGUCGGAGCACAAUUUGUACUACACGAGAAUUGAGGAUGAGAGAAGUUUCAUCAUCAAAGUUUACUCGUUCUUUGCGUCGCUUACAACAAACAUUUUUAAGAAAAUUUAUUUACUGAUCUCAUCGGUCCUAUUUUUGGAUACCUGGCUGCUUCAAACGGCAAGCAGCGAUGUACAACAGGGACGUCGCAAGCGGAAGUUUCUGCUGCUUCUAUUGAUCCUGCUACCGUUCCUGUUGUUUGGAGCAUACCUUUUGGCAGACGAAGAUCAAACCAUCGUUCUGCCGGCCUCGAGGCGGGCCUCGUUCGCACUAUCUUCGCUAUCGAACGUACUGCCGGCAAUCAGUGGCGACGAUUUGGAUAAUUUCAGGGUCAAUCUGUUCCAGAAGUUGGACUGGCGAGAGUCCAGUUUUUCCUGGCGAUCACUGCUGCCAACGUUCAGUCUAAGCUUCUGGAGUUCUUCCGGCCCUGAUGCGCAGUACGAGAAACUGCGAAGUAAUUUAAAAAAUACACUCAGCAGAGAAGAGUAUGACAACCUGAUGCAACACAUCGAUACCUACAUCGAAGGACUUUUGACCGAAAAGUAUCUGCAAAAAGAGCAACAGGAGGCGAAGGGGAAGCAAUCGGUUAGUCCGGAAGUGACACUUCACAUUGCCAGUUUGGUUCAACAGAAUUUGAAAGAGUUCAGUUACACGCUAAGUCAGGCGGAUGUUGAUCGUAUAGCAGAAAAGGUUAGAAUAGAGCUGCUGGCUAGUUUCCCAAAUGUGUUCAGUCGAGACACAACGGAAGACGAACGUAGCAAACGAGAAGCGAAGGUCCAAGUUACGAAGGAGACGCUAAUUGAGCUGCAACGAUUAAUCAAACAGGAAAUCAGUAUCACCAACAAUAAUUUUGUGAUCAGUGAACAGCAGUUAGAGGAUAUUCUGGUGAAGAUUUUAUCCUCGAGAAAACUUGAAGAGUUGAUUGAUUCCAGAAUUUUACGGCAGACGAAAGAUUUUAAGACCCAACAUGAAACUCAAGCGGCGUUGAUUGAGAAUUUGAAGAAUGAGAUCACCGAAAUCAAAACUCACUUCACGGAGAAACUGAUUGCCAGCAGUUUGAUGGUUGAGGAUAAUAUGAAAUCGCUCCGGGAUAAUCAGGAUCGGUUGGCAGAUCGAGUGCAAAGCUAUCGCAUUGAAAACGAUGAAAAGUACGUUCAACUGUUGGCCAGCAUUGACGAGCGUUUGGCGGCGGCACAGCAGGAACAGUUCGCUGGACUCAAUAGCGUUAUCAAGAAGAACAUUGUGACCAUUAUGGGACUGAAUGUGCAGGAAGAUUUUACGGAUGAAGAUCUGAAAACUUGGAUCAGCAACCUUUUCGUGGCAAAGGACUACUUGGAGAAUCGACUGAAAGAGUACCAGGUUGGGGUCAGUGCUCUGAUCCAGCAAGAGAUGGAACGAUCUGCCGCAACGCUGAUGAAGGAAAUAAGUGAAAAGAUUCAGAAGGAAGUUCUGGCCUCGAUUCAGUCAUUCAAAAACGAAGUGAACAUUGAUGCAAAAGCAGGUGGAAUGCAAACGGAAAAUACCGAUGGAGUUGAUGGCGGUGGUGGUGGUCUUACCGAAGAUCAUGUACGAAGGAUUGUCCGGGAGGCACUUCGUAUCUAUGAUGCCGAUAAAACGGGACUGGUGGACUACGCUCUUGAAUCAGCGGGUGGACAAAUUCUAUCCACUCGCUGUACGGAAAGCUAUCAAACGCAUUCGGCACAGAUUUCCAUAUUCGGAAUACCACUCUGGUAUCCGACCAACACACCGAGAACGGUCAUAUCUCCGACAAUGCAACCCGGACAGUGUUGGGCUUUCUCCGGGUUUCCAGGAUAUCUUGUCAUCCAGCUGAAUAGCAACGUAAUCGUGACUGGCUUCUCGCUGGAACAUAUCUCUAAACUGCUUGCACCAAAUGGACAAAUUGAUUCCGCUCCGAAGAAUUUCUCCGUUUGGGGUCUCGGCAACGAGAACGACCCGCAUCCGAUCCUGUUGGGUAACUACGUGUACGAGGAUAACGGAGCGCCGCUGCAGUACUUCCCGGUGGACAACCCGAAUCGCCAGGAGCUACGGGGAAGAGCGUUUCGCAUUGUCGAGCUGCGAAUUGAGUCCAACCAUGGCAAUGAGAACUACACCUGUCUCUAUCGGUUUCGAGUGCACGGCGAAAGGCUGUGAGGAGCUUUCCUGUAAACGAUGUAAAUAUUUGGGUGGGACAGGGAAAAAAGUUUCUAAUUUAUUUGCUUAGCUAAUAAGUCGUAAAAUUUUGGUUUCGAUAAAAACCAUUUAAAAAUUGAACAAAAAGAUGGUGCAAUAUUUACCAUUUUUUAGCGCGGUUAUGUUCUCGAUUCGAGAACUAGUUAGUGUAAAACCAGGAACCAAAUGUUAGAUAUCUAAGCUUAAGUUUGAUAGAAGUUUUUUAUUCUUGCAUAAAAAAAAGCAUUUUUCGAAAGCUUCAAUUUUCGUUGAUGUUUUCGAAGAAUUUAUCAUUUCAUCAUCAUUUAUCGUUCGCACUGCUUUCCUCUGUUACUAUUAAAAACUAAACCCCAUAUUUAGAUUUUAUUUAGUUUGUUUGGAUGGAAUUGAAUGUUUUGUGUGAUGUUGUUUUUAGCCUAAAUGUUGAAUGAUGUUUUUUUUGUUUAGAAAGUAAUUAAGCAUAAGUUAUUCAAUCUAUAUACUUUUAGGUUUAUCUUAAAUGGAAGUGAAUUAAAUAGAAAUAAAAUUUAAAAAGAAACUGUUGGUGAACGUGAACCAAAAAUGAUGGAAAAUGCCUACAACACUACUUUUCCGGUGGACAUUGGAGGAUUUGAGGAACUGUCAAGCGGGACCGUCGUGAUUCGAACAUCCGCGGAAUCUGUGAUGAUGAUUGAAAAGUGUAUGAGUUCACAAGUAUUUCAAAAUGGAAAGUUUUUGACCUUGACCGUAAGUUUUCAUCACCAUUUUUUAUAACUUAUCAGCGUAUAAUUUGGAUUUCAGUUAGUCCCAUGAAAAAAACUCUGGUGGCAUCAAAUCCAGUGAUAUUGGGGGGCAGUCAAAAUCACCGAUUUCCGAUAUGACUCGUCCGGGGAGCAAUGGUCGUAACAAAUCAAUUGUUAAUCGAGCUGUAUGGCAUGUUGCACCGUCCUGUUGAAACCAGUAGCCAUUCAAACCAUUUUCACGAACAAUGGGCAUCAUAAAAUCACCAUUAAUUAUUUUCGUUGCUCCAUCAUCGUCUUGGAAUAAAUAGAGACCAAUCACCAUAUCCGCACAAACACCAUACCAAACUGGAACUUUUCGGUCGUAUAGAGGCUGUUCCUCCAUUAACUGAGAGUUUUCAGUGGCAUAGAAUCGACAGUUUUGCUUAUUAACGCAUCCAUUUAACGUGAAAUGUGCCUCGUCUGACAUGAUGAUUUUUAUUUAAAGUUGGCCUUGUUUUGAAUUUAAAGCUGAACAAUUUCAGCGCGUUGUUAUAGUGCUUCCACUUUAAAUGGCUCACCGUGGUGAUGUUUCCAAACAUUGCCACCGUCAAGCACGAAGAAAAAAUAACGCUGUCCUUUGUUUUAAACCUAUUUCAUAAAUCAUUUCUGUAUUGAAAGAAUCGUAAUAGUAUGUUCAAUUCAAUUUGGAGACGUCAUUUCUAAUGUUGGGUCAAAUUUCAUUUUAUUCGCUGGAUUUAAAUCAGAUUGGUUCAUUUUAUAUAGCACCUUCAGCUCUAUCAUUUUUCUUAUUGUAUUUGAAUUAGUUCUCUGACAAAUUAAGAAAUGUGGUUUGGAAUUAAAACAGCCAGUUAAUAAAUAAAAUAGUUUCACCUAGAAGCAUGUUUUUCUUGGAUUGGCUAGAGGGUGACAAAGGUUGUUAACUGAAUGGACUGUAUAUUGUAUGCAAACCACGCUAUCGUUCAUGUUUGCUAUAAAACACUUUCCAUACAAUUUACUUGAAUCCGGACGAGGAAGAUUUGUUUGUUUCCUUCAUUGCACGCAGAAGAUGUUGAACACCUUCUUGUAUUUCAUUCGUGUGUCUACUAAUAUGCCUUUCGGCAGAUUUAAGACUGGGAAGCCGCAUAUAGGCUCGUUUGAAUGUAUUAGAAUUAUUACCGAAAGUUAAGAACAAGUAUGCUGCUAUAUCAAGUUCGCACUGAGUAUAUCUAACACCAUAAGUUCGUUGAAGCUUGGAGCGAUUAUUGAUUUUGAUUUGAGCUUUGAGUAAAGCUAUCUUCUGUUUUCACUGAAGCACGAAAAUAAUUUAUUUGAAAAUUUUUUAGUUUCUAUUUGAUUGAAAGGAAAGGCGGGAAUUGAAUCGAUGUUUGUUUGUUUUGUUUAGAUUAUAGAGGUUUUAACCUUAAGGUCAUUCGCCUCUUCGGGCCAGAAAAACUUUCUGACCCUAUGUGCGGGGUUGGGAAUCGAACCCAGGUGGGCUGCGUGAAAGGCAUCGAAUUACCCAUCACGCUAUACCCGUCCCCAAUUGAAUCGAAUGUUUGUAUAAAAAUUAUUUCGAUGAAUUUCAAGAAAACUCCCACAUUGACUGUUUACUUUCCGCAUUUGAAAAAGUUAGUUCUGUGCAGAGUUCUGUGCUGUCAUCAUUGAAAUGGACUAAAAUAGAAAGGUAUAGUUCUGUCAGUAAUAAAUAAACGACCAGUGAAAAUUAUUACCUUAACCUUCAUCAAGUAUUUCUUCAUCUGCAUGUCCUUCAUUCGAUGCAUUUAUUGGUUCGAUUAGUUCUGAUAUGUUUUCGGUAUUUGUUUCUAAUGAACCCGAUAGGGAAAAACUUGAAUCUUAAACAGAGAUUGCCUUCAGUACAUUUCAAUGUUCAAUACAAUGAACUUUGGAGCGUUACUGUUUAACAAUGGUGGUUCUUUUUCGUUGGUAGACUAUCGGAAAAAUAGCUUUAUUUUGGAGUAGCUUUCAAACAUUCUUUAAUUUCGACUGUUUGAAAUGUAUUGGGAUGUGUUUCGAAAUAUUGGAAAUAAAAACUGAAAGAGGGAACAAUUAAUUUAUGUUUAUUUUGUAAUUGAUAUUUCAGUUAUCAUGACUGGUUUACCUUUCAUCCAUUAUCUUGAAUCAAUGCGAAUGUUUACAUAAACCUCACUUGAAGGCCGCUCUCUCAUUCAAUUGUAAGAGAUAUUUUGUUACUUAGGGAUAAAAUGACGGUGGGUAAACUGAAGUUCGGAAGAAAGAGAAACGAAUGAAAGGACGGGAUGAUGCCCAUUCGGUGCGACAGCAAAGGAUGUGAGUUUGAAUGUGAAGUUUACUGCAGUAGUGUGAUCGUCAGUGUGUGUACACAUUCGGUUUCAAUUGAACUGAAUGAAGGUUUACAGCAAUGUACAGGCAUCCCAAGCUAAAUUGAGUUGGUAUGUCGAGCAAAGUUGUGAAUGUGCCAAUUUCCUUGACCUUCCAUCGUGAGAUCGAGAGAUUCCUUCUCUCACCAUUCUCCUGACAAAUCGGGUAUAGAACUUCUGUACGGUACUUUCCGGCGCCAUUUUUAAUUUGAUACUGGAUUUAAUUUCGUUUCCAAUUGAUCCAUAAAGUGAUCGUAAUUUGAAUCAUUGAUUCCUCUAAAAAAUAAUAAGGUUUAUCAACUUCUUUUGAUUUUCGACUGUGAAGCGAAAUGCAGCAAAAUGUGUUCAUAUAAUACAUUUCAUCGAGCGCUAUGUAGGCUGCAGGAGUGGAUUUCUUCGCCUUAAGAGAAUAUUGGAUUUCUUUUCUUUUCAUUACAUCUGCUAGAGCAAGUAAACAUAACAUUUUCCCUUCCAAAAAUUGAAACUUUUCGGGAUCAUUUGUAAAAGUUGAACCAUAAAUAUCAAGAAGAGGAAAUCCGCCACAUCAAGCUUCCGGCAUGUUAACGGAUUACUUCGGAGUUCAAUUUGGCAAGGGACUGACUACAGAGAUUAUUUUUCUUGAGAAUAUUCCAAAUAUGUAAAUGGUUGAUUGGUCCAUAUUCAGAUUCCAACGGACUCCAAAAAUAGGUCUGUAAUGAAGUAUAGGCUAUUUUCCCGUCUUACUAUGGGGCGCCUUUUCAAACUUCGCCCUGUGAAAGAAUGGAUAGAAUUUAAUCGUGAAUGUCUCGAGUUGUACUAAACGUAGCAGCAUAAUUCUUUUUACAUGCCAUCGGAAAUAUGAUCAGCAAUUUGUAAUUAAGUUUUCAAUAGUUGUGAAAUAAUUACAAAUAACUCAAAUAUUAAGUUUUCUCUAACUUUUGGAAAUAAUGAGUCAGUCAGUCCCGAUGUUCUCUGCUGAAUGAGUAUAAAAGGUAAAUGUUGUUCGAAAAUCGUUUCUUUUUCCUAGUGCGUUAGACGGGACUGGCCGUCGUGAUGAGCCGUCUUCCACCAACAUCAGUAACAAUGAACCUUCUUCGUUGUAUAAUGCAUCAAACGCUCGACAUUAAAAUUCUAUAUGCUGCUAUUUUUAUAACCGUUAGGUCCGCCUAUUAGUGAAAAAGCUACAAACGAAAUCACGUAAAAAGAAACCUCUUAACAAAAAUUGGAUCAGUUUCGAUUCUAUCGCCACUGCGAGCAGAUAUAUUAUGUGUCGUUUGCAAAGCUAGUUUCGCUUCUGACAAGAGCGAUUAGCUGCCAGUCGUUUGCCUUGGUGAAAAAACAACGAAAAGAGCACAACGGUGGAGAACAUCACACAAAAUCAGCCGUUCUAAUGGAUCUAGAAGUUUUCUAAAGAACUAUAAGGAUUUCUUGCUCGCAAAUAGAAGGUAAAUAUCCUUAGUUUAGUGCAAAUCUAGAACAGUUUGAUUAGAUUUUGUGCACUUUUCGCUGUGUGAAAUUCACAGUAAUCGAGAUCAAGUGAAGCCUUUGUUUUUGCGAAAAAUGAGAAAAUGGAGAAUGCUUGCAUAAUUUAUACAAUUGAUCAACUAUUUGAUAUUCGGAAGAGUUAAGGAACAUGUCAGUUGUUUUCGUAUUUACGACAUCCAGUUAUGUCUCUGACAUUACCCACCCGCCUUUUUUGUUAAUCUCUUGUACCAAUAUCUGAUUAAAAAUUAUCUCGAUAAUUUUCCUAGAUUCUUAGUUUAUGCACUUUUAUUUGAUCCUGGGUGCAUUCUACUAAGAAUUAUGGUUAAAUGGGUAAAUAAAAUUAACAAGAACAAGAAUUUGCUCGUAUUUUCCAGUAAAUCUAAUCAAAUCCUAGAUUUCGCAGCACCACAUUAGUAUUUAUUUCUGAGUGCAUCCAGUUUACCGUGUAAGCCCACAGUACUCAAUCACUGAAAAUAUACCGCAUUUCUAUGAGUCGGUGUUGCACGAUACGCUUUGUGCGAUGAUUCGUUCAAUUCAUGUGUUUGAAAUUUUACGUGCCUUACUUUGGCACUCUCAUAGUAAAAGACUGGCGAAUACUUCUUACGUCAUCAAACGAACUGUUAAUUUCCUAUGCUAUAACAUAGGAAGAAGUAUUCGCCGAUUUGUCACUAUGACAGUUUGUACCUAGAACUAAAACAGUUUUCUUAAAAUGCUCUUAGAAUUCAGCAUAUUUCUAAAAUGGUAGAUAUGUUUAUGGCCACGAUAUCAAAAGCAAGAUUGCCUAAAUAAUUUGUCCAUUCAUGAUAAUUUGCACAAUAUUUUUCUACGUUUUCAAACAGCAUUAUUCAACGCACAAUGUUUCCAAGUUUUUGGAAGAUUUUUGUUACUUUACUUCACACUCUUAUUCACUGCUGAUUCAGUUUCACCAAACGAGGUUCUACAGCCCCUUUGAAAUUGAUCAACACAUAUUUUAUUAUCAAUUCCUUGGCAUCUCUACUUAUUGUUUUAAGUUUUCAUAUAAACUGAGUAGAUUUUACUCAGAAUUGACUAGAUGAUAAACAUUUUUCGACGGAAAAUUUCUAGCAGAAAAUUGACAUCACUUCAAUUCGAGUUUGUUUUGAACAUCAAACUACUCAAAUUUUGAGUAAAUCCCUAUUUGUGCAACUGAAAUUAGCGUGUAACCGAAAUGCUUGUCCGUCACUAUAGUAGAACACCAAUAAACCGACGAUACCUUUAAGUAGAUUAGUUUAUUUUAGCAUAGUCUAAUAAUCGCGUCGCACCAAAUCUACAUUGGAGUCAAACCAAUUUAGAAAAAUCAUAUGAAUAUAUGGGCUUUAGGAAUGGAAAAUUUCGGCAAUUUAGGAUAACGCUAGGGAGCCUACUUUGAUGCGGAACACGAAAGUUUCUACUUACGAUUGCCUUAUCUAGAUAUAAGUAGGUUUAAGUUAGCUAUAGUUCUGCAACUAACAGAAAUUCGAAUACCGCAACAUAAUUGCAACAUCUAGCCACAGAAUAUAUAUUCGCUCUCUUUCUCUAUUGAUUUGAGCUGACUAUCGAAAAUAAAAACAAAACAAAAGGAAUUGUCCCUUCCGUUGUCAAAUGUGUAGCCACCCAUUGACGUUUACCAUUUUUAGUUCCCAAAGUCAUUAGUCAUUCAUGUGUCUAAGUUGCAUAAUUUGUCCGGAAAUGAGUCAAUUUCGUGAGUUUAGAAUGUAUUACCGGUAGUCGUAAGUUUACCAUCAUUAAUCAUUAAUGUGUUCGUUGUUUCGUGUUUCGAUUAACGGUUCGUUUAGGACACGUAAAAUGUAGUACAAAGUAAACGAUAACUUGUGUACUAAUCCGUUCAUAAAAAAAAUCCAUUUCGCAGUAUCCAAAUUUGUUAUGUAAUGUUUUUAUCCUAUCCGCAAUUCAAAAAUUUUUUACUAGUAGAAGCUCUUUUAUGUAACAGCACCGAAGAAUUUUGUUCAUUUUACCCAAUUUCCGGCUCACUGCAGCAGUGAGCUGAUUUUUGUUCAAAUAAAGCAACUCGUAUUGAAUGCAA